AUGUCUGACGAUCUUCAAAAGCUAGCACUCAAACUAGGUCAAGAUGGCCCAGUAAAAAGUACUCCAGCCAUCCGCAUGAUCCAGCUCCUCCUCAACGGCAUCUACAUAAUCCGAACGACCAAAGCCAUCUUCGUGCAUGAGCAUGAAUACUAUCCACAACUCUACAUACCCCUCUCAGAAUUCACAUCCAAAGCCGCACAUCCAUCACUCAAAGUCUCCCAAGGGCAAAAAUACACCUCACCCACAGGCGAACUUCUCGCCACCCAGCUCAAGCUCCAAAUCGGGCCCAAAACCAUCAACAACGUCCUAGCCUUCGCCGCCGACUUAUCCGGCAACGCCGCCCAACUCUCCAAUCUCGUCAAAAUCGACUUUGACUCCAUCGACAAAUGGUUCGAAGAAGACACGCAAAUCUACAUCCACCCCAAAGAUCCCUUUAAACGUGUUGACAUCCUCCAAUCUUCUCGCCAUAUCCGCGUGAGGGUUGGCGGGAAAAUCGUAGCUGACUCCCAGUCUUGCAUGCAUCUCUACGAGACGGGUCUACCGUGUCGAUAUUACUUACCCUUGACAUCGAUAGAUGCGAGUGUCUUGAGACCUAGUCAAACAAAGACGGGAUGUCCGUACAAAGGCGAGGCGGAGUAUUAUCAUGUCAAUGUGGAUGGAAAGGUUUAUGAGGAUGUUGUGUGGUAUUAUACGCGGCCUUUGCUCGAGAGUAUAAAGAUUGAAGGUCUUUGCUGUUUCUACAACGAGAAAGUGGAAAUUGAAUUGAACGGCCAAAUCCUCGACUCGCCAGAGACGCCGUUCAGCAAUCGUAAGCCGAAUGAUAAACCCAGCUUUCUGUGA